AGAGACGCAACUGCUGCAGGCAAGUCACUGGUCCUUAAAAGAUCCCCUUUCCGGCAGAAUAAGAAGGCCUCAGAGUCUUUAACAAAAUCAUCUAUUCGGCAUGGACAGAAACCCAAGAGACAAGUUUGUAAAUUUGAAGAUGGUCAAGAUGUCCUAGCAAGAUGGUCAGAUGGAUUAUUUUAUCUUGGAACUAUCAAAAAGAUAGAUAACAUUCAGCAGAGCUGUUUUAUAUUAUUUGAAGACGGCUCUAAAUCGUGGGUACUUUGGAAGGACAUUCAAACGGGAGCCUCUGACAGUGGGGAAAUGGUUUGUUCAAUAUGUCAGGAGGAGUAUUCUGAAGCACCAAAUGAGAUAGUUAUUUGUGACAAGUGUGGCCAAGGAUAUCACCAGCUGUGCCACACACCAAAGAUUGACUCCACUGUGAUUGAUAGUGAUGAGAAAUGGUUAUGCCGGCAGUGUGUAUUUGCAACUACUACAAAGAGGGGAGGAGCAUUGAAAAAAGGACCCAAUGCUAAAGCCCUGCAGGUCAUGAAGCAGUCUCUGCCAUACAAUUUGGACGAGUUAGAAUGGGAUGUAGGUCACAAGACAAAUGUUCAGCAAUGUUACUGCUACUGUGGAGGCCCAGGAGAAUGGUACUUAAAGAUGCUUCAGUGCUGCAAAUGCAAGCAGUGGUUUCAUGAGGCCUGUGUGCAAUGCUUGCAGAAACCUAUGCUUUUUGGUGACAGAUUUUAUACAUUUAUUUGUUCUGUCUGCAAUUCUGGACCGGAAUACCUCAAACGUCUAUCUUUACGCUGGUAA